AUGUCAACAGAAGACCAAAAAUCACCGAAUCAAGGAGUGAGUCUUCCUCCAAUAUCAUUCCUAUCUAAUAAUUCACCUCAUCAAUUACAAUUACCAUCACAAUCACCAACUCAAAUACCUUCAAUAACUCAAUCAAAUUCACAGUCACCACCACAACGUAAGUUACCAAUACUAGAAUCACCAAAUGCAUCUACUAAAUCAGCUGGUACUUCAUUAUCACCACCAACUAAAAAGUUAAAACAUGAUUAUCAAUUUGUACAAUAUCAAAAUCAAUCAUCACCACCUCAAAACUUCACACCACCAUCAACUACAGUAACGAAUGAAGAGAAAGAAGAGAAACAUAUACAUUAUCAUCAGAAUCAUCAUCGUCAUCGUCAUCAUCAUCAUCCAGUACGACCACAUCAUCAUCAUCAUAUAGUGAAAAAAUUUAUCAAAAAACCACCACCUAAGUUGAAUCUUGAUCCUAUAUUUGAAUUAAUAGAAGAAUUUCAUCCAAAACGACAAUUUUUAGGUACAAUAAUAUAUAAUCCAACAACGACAUGGGAAACACUACAAAUUUCACAACUAUAUGGUGUUAAUUCAAAAUUUCAACAUGAUUUAAAUCAUAUCAAACAACAAUAUAUAAAAAGGAAACAGAGUAGCAACUUCUUGGAAUCAAACUACAUCCCAAUGAUACCUCCAUUAACACCAGAAUAUAUAAAUUGUAUCAUAGAGGUUAAAAUUCCAUUUAGAUAUAUCAUUGAUUUUAAAAAUGAUGUUAGAAAUCAAAUUUUAAAGAGGGAGUUAUGGGGUGGUGCAAGUGCAAUGUAUACAGAUGAUUCAAACAUAUUGGAAAUACUAUUACACAUGGGUUUCUUUGAUAAUAAAUUAAAUCUAAACAAUUUUAAUAAGGGUUGGAAAGUUGAAGAUAUUAUAAAACCAACAGUUAGUAAAGAAAUAGAUGAAGAUAGUUUAGAAUAUGGUGUAUUUGGAGAUUUAUCAGUCGAGAUUUUAUUAUUGCCUACACUUCCCAAAUAUUAUGGAUAUUUUGCAAAUGGAAUAAAUAGUAGGAACUGGAUUCAUGAAAGUGUUCAUAAUGGAUUAUCUAUAGCUAUAUAUAAUGUUAAAUGGGAGACGAGAAAUAGUUAUUUAAAUGAUAGAAGUUUAUUUAAGAUAUAUCAACAAGAAUUAAAUGAAGAUUUUAAGUUAACUAAUCAAGAGAAUGCAUUGAAACAAGGUUGGAAGUUCGAUAUGAAAAUAUAUAAGAAAAUAAAAGAAAAGUAUGAAAAGGAAGAUAAAGAGAAGAAAGAAGAGCAGAAAAAAGACGAGCAGAAAAAAGAUGAAAAGAAAAAAAGCUAA